AUGGGCCCCGCCCCGCCUGGGAGCCAGGUAGCCCCUCUACCCACAAACCUGCCCUUUCGACUCGUCAGCAAGACCAUCGGGCAAGGCGCAUAUGCUUCCAUCCGCAAAGCUAUUCCCCUCAAUGCCCCGAAACCAGUCAUUGCCAUCAAGUUCAUCAACAAGGAACAUGCACUCCGCACCGGCCGCCUUACCCCCAAGCAAAUCAAAAUGGAAAUCGUAUUGCAUCAGCAUCUUGGAAAACACCACAAUAUCAUCCAUUGCCUAGGAUCUGGUGAGGAUGCUCUGUGGACGUGGAUCGCCAUGGAACUGGCCGAGGGAGGCGACUUGUUUGAUAAGAUUGAGGCGGAUGAGGGUGUCGGCCAGGACAUUGCGCACUUGUACUUUACCCAGCUUGUCAAUGCGGUUGGAUACAUGCACAGCAUGGGCGUCGCACACCGGGAUAUUAAACCCGAGAACGUGCUGCUGAGUGCAGAGGGAGACUUGAAGCUGAGCGACUUUGGACUUGCGGCCUUGUUCAAGAAGGACGGGCAAUUGAGGCUAUGCAACACUGUGUGCGGUUCUCCGCCCUACAUUGCACCAGAAAUCGUCAGUGGGAGACGAAGCAAGAGGGCGGACGUGCUGGAUGUCGGGUACGCGGCCAAUAUUUGCGACAUCUGGAGUUGCGGCGUGGUCUUGUUUGUCCUGCUCGUUGGAAACACACCAUGGGAUGAGCCCACGAAGCGAUCCGAGGAGUUCAAGGAAUACCUCGAAACGGGGGGACAUACAACCGACGAACUUUGGGCUAAGCUGCCAGCUGAUAUUGUCAGCUUGCUUCGAGGGAUGCUCAAGGUGGAUCCACAACAGCGCUUUACCCUGGAUGAAGUGCGCACACAUCCUUGGUUCACGCGCAAGAACCCGUACUUGGCGCCUUCAGGAAGAAACUCGAAUCCAGUUGGUCUGGCGGCACAAAUGCUAUCUCACCUACGCAUUGAUUUCACUCGACUGCCGACCCAAUCCCAACGCGGGUUCUCACAGGAAGAUGGUGAUCCAAUGGACAUUGACACAGACGACGACCCCCGCCGCUCCAGCGCUAUCCACCUACUCUCCUCUACGCAGCCCGAAACACCCUCCGGAGACACGCCUUUCGACUGGGAACGCCCUCCACGCCUCGCCUCUCACGACGGCUUAUCCGCUUCCCAGCCAACCACGACAGCCUACGCGGCCAGCUACCACACACAUAUCGGCUCCACACCAGUCCUGUCGCAACUCCCAUCGUCAACACAGGACGCACUGUCUCAAGACCCCAGCAUGACGCAAUUCAGCUCGCAACCAGGCGUGCCGCUGACCUUUACCCAAGCCGCCCGCAAAUUCGCAGACAUACUUCCUUCGUACUCGAUGGCGCGCUUCAUAUCGCCUCACCCACUCUCGCUUCUCCUCCCCAUGCUUCUCGCGGCCUUGAACCGUCUCGGCGUCCCGGCCCCUUCCUUCUCCGCCACCCAAAUCGAAGACGCAGAGCAACACGGCAGUGCGAGCAUCCGCGUCAAAAUGGCAGAUGGGCGCCGCCAGGGUCUCAAUGGCCAUGUCGUGGUUGAGAAGGCGGUUUACGAGGGCGCGGGCUACUGGGAGGUGAGGUUCGUCAAGGCCAGUGGCGACCCCCUGGAGUGGCGGCGGUUCUUCAAAAACGUGGUGCUUUGCGUGGGGGAUGUGGUCCUCAGGCCGAAUUAG